CGUAGAAACAUCUAUCCAAUCAGAAAGGAGACAUUCGUUUCCUUGUUUAUCCUGCCUCUUUAGUACCCAUCUCUCAAUUUAGCCUGCCACCUUUUCCAAACUGGAUACAAACCUGGCACGUGCAAGAAAUGUAGCGAGGCUGCGGGUUGUUUUAUGUAGUUAUAUGCUCAGAUUUUUACCUGACAUCAGAAACAUGUAAGUCUAUUUUAGUACGCAAGGUCACAUAGGAUUUUAUUUGUCAUUUUGACAAAGAGGUUACAUAGAUCCAGCCUCUUGCACGCCUAGUUUUCUCACUCCCCAAACUUACCUAGACCAACUAGAAAGUCCAGUUUCUCAAGCAAGUCUCAGAAAACACCGGAUAGUCCUUGAGGCAACAUGGACCUGGACAGUAAACGGCUGGUGGUGGUGGUGCCAAAUGAAGUGUUGGGGCCGUCUCGCAGAGCAUUCAGUAACGAGGAUGAGGCGUGGAAGAACUACCUGGAGAACCCACUGACUGCUGCCACUAAGGCCAUGAUGAGCAUAAAUGGAGAUGAAGACAGUGCAGCAGCACUGGGAAUGCUGUACGACUUCUACAAGGUUCCCAGGGAGAAGAGACAUUCCUCCAGCUGUGCUAAACCCACAGACCCUUCUGCUAUUGGGCCUGAUAACUGUGGGAGCUUGGAAAUACUAGAUGACCAUCUUCAGGCAUUCAGAUCCAUGCCUGUCAACCUCUCCCUAAACAACACCUCUACAGAACAUCAGGGCUCCAGGUUUGGAGCCACCUGCUUUGGAGUAGACACCAGAGGAAAAGAUGUUAAAGCUGGAGGUGAUGCAGCUCUGUCUCUGGUCAAGACAGAGGGCCAGAGGUCCACAGGAGUGACCUGCUCUGUAGGUUCCUACCGAGAAGAACCAAGAGAGCAGAUCAGGAUGGUUCAUGAGCAGAGCCACUAUGAUUUGUCCUGCACUGGGUACUUGAAAGAUGAACAGAGAAGCUCUCCAGACAGCACAUAUGAGGACACUAUAGAGGGAGAGAUGUACCACAGAAGUACCUCCUCAGGAGUUGAUGAAUACCAAUACAGCCUCCCAAGUGAUGGCUUCCAGUACCGUCUGGAGGCCAGCAUGUCGCUGCGGCCGCGGCAGGGAGAAGGACCCAUGGCUUACCUGAACCGGGGCCAGUUCUACUCUUUGACACUGUCGAAGGCCAGCUUCACAUCAUCUCCACAUCAGCCUCGAGGUAAAGUGCGGGUGAGUGGACCAAUGCCGUCUCAUGGGCCUGAUGGGGGCCCAUCCAGUAAUGAACAAUGCACCAUGGGAGACUCUGAGCUGCAGCGGGACAGUAUUGUACAGAGUGUUAUCAUGGUUGUCUUUGGAGAAGAUAAGUGCAGAGACGAGCAGCUGAAGAAUUGGAAAUACUGGCAUUCCCGCCAGCAUACUGCCAAACAGAGAGUCCUGGACAUUUCUGACUACAAGGAGAGCUUCAGCACGAUUGGGAACGUGGAGGAAAUUGCCUACAACGCUGUCUCUUUCACCUGGGAUGUCAGCGAAGAAGCUAAGGUCUUUAUCUCUGUGAACUGUCUGAGCACAGACUUCUCCUCGCAGAAGGGCGUGAAGGGGAUGCCUUUGAUAAUGCAGAUCGACACCUACAGUUACAACAGCUGCAGCAGCAGGCCCAUCCACAGGGCCUUCUCUCAGAUCAAAGUCUUCUGUGACAAGGGUGCUGAGAGGAAGCUCAGAGACGAGGAGAAGAAGCAGCUCAGGAAGAGGAUGAAAGGGAAAAAUGGCAGCUCAGGGCAGACCUCUCCCUUGAAGAGGGCCGAGAACACGCUGUUCAAAACCAUGAGAGACCUGGACUCCCAGCCCGUCCUCUUCAUCCCUGACAUCUACUUUGGAAACCUGCAGAGAGCCGGCCAGGUGUUUGCUUUUAACACUGAAGAGGUCGACAGAGAUGGGAGUGUUGUGAUGAAAAGGAUGUCAUGUGUUGCUGAGGAAGAUAUCUGUCCACCUCAGCCCAAGAAGUCCAAAGUGGAACUGGAAAGAAAAGUCCUGCUGUAUGUGAGGAAGGAGUGUGACGAAGUGUUUGAUGCCUUGAUGCUGCACGCCCCAACCCUUGAAGCACUGAUGCAGGCAAUCUCAGAGAAAUAUACAGUGCCUGUUGAAAGGAUGAGCAAAGUUUACCAAAAAAGCAAAAAAGGGGUCCUGGUGAACAUGGAUGACAACAUCAUCCAGCACUACUCCAACGAGGACACCUUCAUCCUGGCUAUUGAGAACUCAGCAGAAUCCUUAUGUGUCAUUCUGUCAGAAAUCUGAUACCACGGCACUGUCUGCAUUCUCCAGUCAUCAUAGUGUCAUAGAGGGUGGGCGGUGCUUAAGUCAUGCUAUGUGUAGCAAUUGUGACCACGGUGCCAAAUGUGUUUCCUGUGGAAUGCCACAUAGUAGUCUUCGUAGGAGUUUGGAUCCCUGUCUAAAUUCCAUCCACCAGGCAAAAUCCACAUUGAGCUCACCUGCUGCAGCACUACACACUCUUGCAUUAGAAACACACAAAUGACUUUCAAAACUUAAGGAGGUGCCUAGAUUUGUGGUUUAGUGGGAAAUGUUUUUAAUACUAGGCGGACCUGAAGAGAGGUUUUCAUCCAGGUCACCACGAAGCAUCCAGCCAGUUUGCUGUGGUUUCACAGGAAGAAGACAGCACAGUAUACAGUAGAGUUAUUGGAUUGACAUCAGGGACGGCUAUACGCAUCCUCUGUGCCUGCUGCUGUCCUUCCUGUUACCUCUUUUAGUGGUGGAAGCUUUUAAAUUACUUGUUCUAUUGUUGGAAAGGCAAGUCUAUGCAACACUUUAUGCUGGCACUCAACAGUUCACGGUAAUGGCUUAUUGUUUUGUGUAUGUAUAAUUUUAAGAUGCGUCUCAAAUUCUUCUUAUGUCUUGAUUCUCAGUCUAAGUGAACUUAUUCUAAUAUUCCUUGGUUGUCCACCUUUUUGAUUGAUUGGUCCUAUUUUUACUGUACACCUAAUGUUUCCAAUCAGUGCCAGUGAAAUUACUGUUAUUCCAGGUUGUGAUUUCAUGCU